CUGACAUUUUGCAAUGACAGUUUGCACACAUUUGUCUUCGUUGACGCAGGUAGUUAAGCCAUAAACUGACCACCAUGCAAAGAGCCACACACACAGCUUUAUAUUACUGGUCUCCGAUGAUUCGCCAGUGUUUAACAUGCAGAGUGCCCGUGCAGCUGAGCUCACGCGCUUACAGUGUGGUCCCGCCCCCACGCGACAGUGAGGAGAAGGAGAUGCUGGACCGAAUCCUGCGCGUGGACCAUGCGGGUGAAUACGGGGCCAACCGCAUCUACGCCGGCCAGAUGGCAGUGUUGGGACGAUCUAGGACUGGACCUCUUAUCCAGGAAAUGUGGGAUCAAGAAAAGAAACACCUUGAGAAAUUCAAUGAAAUUUUGGCAGAGAACAGAGUUCGUCCCACAGCGCUGUUGCCCCUCUGGAACAUUGCUGGGUUUGCAUUAGGUGCGUCCUCCGCACUGCUGGGAAAAGAGGGCGCAAUGGCCUGCACUGUGGCGGUGGAGGAGAGUAUUUCAGAACAUUACAACAGCCAGAUAAGAGCUCUGAUGGAAAAGGACCCCGAGAGAUACACUGAACUGUUACAAGUUAUAAAGGAAUUCAGAGACGAUGAGAUGGAGCAUCACGACACAGGAUUGGAGCACGAUGCUGAAACAGUACCUGGAUACUGGCUACUAAAAAAUGCAAUACAGCUAGGCUGCAAAGCUGCAAUAUAUGUGUCUGAACGUGUCUAACAUUGUAUUUAGAAUAAUAGAAAAUGAGAAAUUGAGCCGUGUUUGUUUUGAUAUGUUGACAAAGUUUGUAUAAAUAAAUUCAUCUGAAUUUGGA